AUGUUUGCAAGAUGUAGCAGAGCAGCUGUUUCUCAUUUCUGUCAUCAACUUAGAAACAGCAACAACAGUAAAGAUGCUGCUUUUCAUUUUAUUUCAAGCCAAAGCUAUGCCAAGGCUGCUGCUGCAGCUGUGGCUCCUUCAAAUCUUUCUUCACAAAAGGGUUUUCCAAGCAAUUCAGUGGUGAAUUUGGAUAAAAUGUUUCGGUCUAAGCCUACUUCUUUGGCUUUGGCUCCGGACUCUCCACUUAGAAUGGAAGAGCCCAAGUAUGAGGGAAUAAGGCGUUUUGUGCUCAAGUUGUUGCUGUUUUAUAGUAAACAAAGCAAGUCUAUUCGUGGGGCCAAUGUGGUGUACCAUCGAAUUGUUUCACAAGUAGAUAAACCUGCCAUUUAUGAAGUAUUCAACUUGGAGAAGACGUUUAAAAUGACUUUCUCAUUGCUUGUAUUACAUAUGUGGCUUUAUUUACGCCGCCUGAAACAAGAGGGCAAGGAAGGUGCGGAAUUCGGCCAAUACCUUUACGAGAUUUACAAUCAUGAUGUAGAGCUGAGAGUAUCUAAAGCAGGGGUUAACUUACUCUUGACUAAAUGGAUGAAAGAAUUGGAAAAAAUAUUCUAUGGAAAUAUUGUUGCAUAUGAUGCUGCCAUGCUUCCUGAGGCAAAACCAGAUGAGCUACCAAAGGUGAUAUGGAGGAAUGUCUUUUCUGAUGAUGGCACAGUGGAGCCAGCUGAUACUGCAUCACAAGCAGUUCAGGCAUAUGUACCAGAUCAAUUGUCUUGGCUUAGAUUGUCAAUCACCAUGGAAAUGAAGCAUGGUGAAGUUUUCUUGGGUUAUCCAAGGAACUGUUCUGUCUUUCAAUUGGAUCGUGCUUUGUCCAGCUGCUCUGGCAUCAUGGCAAUGGCUAGAUAUGUGCGUCGCGAACAUUCGAAAUUAUCUGCUGCUUAUUAUACCGAUUUGACAGUCAUGGAACUGUAUGGCAGAUAA